AUGCCGGGUUAUCCCUUUAUGACCUUGAACCUGGUGUUGAGGACGGCUCGGUGUCCUGGCCAGGCCGGGGCAGGAGGGGAGAAGGCUUUCUCCAUCGCUGGUGCUGUUCCUGCUACUGCCUCCCCGGCAAGGAGCGUCGCGCGCUCUCUUAGCGCCACCUGCCGGUUCGGCGGCAUCAGGCCACACACACAUUUCCGGACUCGAUCUGGCGCCCAGGGGCUGAGCAGGCACAGCGCCUGGUCUGACCGCCAGGAGGUCUGUGAGCCCCCAGAGGUCCAGGAGGGAUCCACAAGUUACUACUUGACAAGAAAUGGUCAUGAGUGGUUGGUCUCCUCCUCCAACUCCUAUCUCAUUCUUUCUUCCCUUGGCCCUCAUGACCUCAGAAAAACAUGUACAUGGUUAUCUACAUUCAUACUUCUGGGACUGACAGGUGAUCCUCAAAUGCAGCUUCUCAUUUUUCUAUUUCUGUUUGUCUCCUACACGCUGAGUAUAACUGGGAACAUGACCAUCAUUAUACUCACUUUGGUAGAUUCUCGCCUUAAAACUGCCAUGUACUUCUUCCUCAAACACUUCUCCUUUUUAGAAACCUUCUUCACUACGGUCUGCAUCCCCAGGUUCCUAUACAGCUUGUCAACUGGGGACAAAACUAUCUCCUAUGAUGCUUGUGUGGCUCAAUUAUUUUUUGUCUUCCUUUUUGGAGCCACAGAAUUUUUUCUCCUGGCCGCCAUGUCCUAUGACCGCUACGUGGCCAUCUGCAAACCCUUACAUUAUGCGACCAUCAUGAACAGCAGAGUCUGUGGAUGGCUUGUCAGCUGCUGCUGGAUAGCGGGUUGGUUGGUCAUAUUUCCACCACUGUGCCUGGGCCUAAAGCUGGAAUUCUGUGACUCUAAUAUCAUUGAUCAUUUUGCCUGUGAUGCUUCUCCUCUGCUGAAGAUAUCCUGUUCAGACACACGGUUCUUAGGACAGAUGGCUGUGGCCCCUGCUGUGCUGACUGGCAUCAUGACACUUCUGUGUGUAGUUAUGUCCUACACCUGCAUCAUCAAGACCAUCAUAAAGUUCCCUUCUGCCCAGCAAAAGACGAAGGCCUUCUCUACCUGCUCUUCUCACUUGAUAGUGGUUUCUCUCACCUUUGGCAGUUGUAUCUUCAUCUACGUCAAACCUUCAGCAAAGGAUGAAGUCGCAAUUAAUAAGUGUGUGUCCGUGCUCACUACUUCAGUUUCCCCCAUGUUAAACCCAUUUAUUUAUACCCUGAGGAACAAGCAAGUGAAACGAGCUUUCACAGACUUAAUCAAAAGAAUUUCAUUGAUCUCAAAGAAAUAA